CCCAGAGCCCCAGAAGUAGUCCGGUCCGGGAUUUCCAAAUAGCCACUCAAGUUAUACUUCGAGAGAGUGAGCGCGCUCUCUCACAGUGUUCAAUCCACUGCCUUGUGUUUGUGUAGAACUGUUGGACCAUGUCUGUAGGACUGGAGCCCGGUUUCUCCAACGACGAGGUGCUGAGCCUACGUUACCCGCUUCAUCGUGCGUGCAGGGAUGGAGACGUCGGCGCACUGUGCUCGCUGCUCCAGCGCUACUCUGACCAGGCGGAUCUGGCUGCCGAGGACUCGUUUUACGGCUGGACCCCUAUUCACUGGGCUGCACACUUCGGGAAGCUGGAGUGUGUUAUGAGGCUGGUGCAGGUGGGAUGUGAAGUGAAUUCAUUGACCACACGGUUUGCCCAGACCCCGGCUCAUAUUGCUGCAUUUGGAGGCCAUCCAGAAUGCCUGCUGUGGCUCUUACACACAGGGGCUGAAAUAAACAGACAGGAUUAUGUGGGUGAAGCACCCAUUCACAAAGCAGCACGGGCCGGUAACAUGGAAUGCAUUAAUGUCUUGUUGAUCCAGGGAGCCAAACCAGACUUGAGGAAUGCAAAUGGUUUGACUGCAGCAGAUCUGGCCCAUGCUCAAGGCUUCCAUGAUUGCGCUCAGCUCCUCUCUAAUGCACACAACCAGCUAAAUCAGAUAAAUGGAUUUGCCCAUAAUGGGACCGACCACUCGCACAUCCAGGGCCGCAGUAUUCUGAAUGGGAUGGCCAAUAGAAAAAGAUUACUUGAUUGCACAGAGCCAAACCAAAUGAAAAAAGCAAGAACUGAGAGCAUGAAUUUUUCAGUGAAGGCAAAUAAUGGAAUUGGAGAGGAGCUUGAGAGUAUGAAUGUGGAAUCAACUGCUGAAAACCAAUCAGAUGAAGCCAUAGCCACAGGUUUGAGGAAUGGUCAUGGGCAGCAGAACAGUUUCACUGUCAACGGCUUCACCACAAAUGGGCAGUGCUAUCAUUCUCAAUUCAAUGGGGUUGAGACCAUUCCAGCUGAGUCAAGAAUGGACAUGUGCGGCUCACUGCACCUCAGUGGCAGCCCAAGCAGCUGUGUAUCUCACCGGCCUGCAUGGGGUGCCUUCCUGCCUGACUCCGGUGAGCAUCUGCGCUAUGGACACUACCAUGGCUUCGGAGAUACGGCAGAGGACCUGGAAGAUGCUAGCAGCUGUCAGGAGCACAGUACAGUCGUGAAGGUAGAGCAGCACUACGACCAAGAGGUUCUCAGUCCUGUGCAGCUGUUCCAUGAAUCAUAAAGUGAAAAUGAGUUCCGUCCAUUUGAUUACAAGUGGUCACACUGAUGGCAGCACUAUCUGCCUUAAACUGAGGGGUUAUCUUGCACCUUAAUGCAGGCUGUUUUGGUUUUGGAUUUUGGAAUUUGUUUUUGAUAAAAGGACAAUCUUUCUACCAAAGGGGAAAAAUUUUAUUGCAUUUUGUAUCUGAGCUAAUGACUUUAUUUUAUUAUACAUAUGUGUUUGAACUCAGCCUAGUUGACUAGAUGCAUUUCCUUUUCCCCCUUAAUGCAAUGUUAGAACAUUAAAUUGUACAAGAAGUUGAUUUUUAUGUGAAUUAAUUGUGAGUUUGUAGUUUUGUGCCAAUGAAUACCAGCUUUUUGAAAAAGGAGUCUUUUGUAUGAUUUUGCUGUUUUCUUGGGAGUUUUUCAAAGCUGACAUGCUGACUGUAAAACAGUGUUUGUUUGUUGUUUUUUGUUUGUUUUUUUAAAGAAAGCUUAAGAUGUAUAAAAUUCCUUCAUCUUUGUACCCUGUGUUCUAAUAAAAAAAAAAAAAAAUCAAACUCAAAAGAAGUUCCUUUCAUUGCCACUUGAAGACAGUUCUAUAUAGUAUAGCUGAUUCUUAAGUAAAGAUGUUUUAAUGUCUAUGUUCAUUUGGAAAGUAAAAGUGUUAAGUUUCUCAGUUUUUCUUACAUCUACUUUGCACUUUGGCAUUGACCCUUAAUUCAUCACUGACAUUCAUUUUGUACGUAAUGCACUCUAUUAGUCAAUUAUUAUACAUAUUACUCAAUUACUUAUAAUUGCCUAUAUGUGCAGGGUAUAUGCAUACAUUUUAAAAGUUACUUUGUUUUGAAAUACAUCAUGCCAUGUCUGGAAUAAAGACAGGUCGUGGCGCACAACAAAAGAUGAAAUUUGAUUAGCAAACUGUUCCCAUGGGAAGCUGAUACGCCCACCUCGGUUUCCUGUCUCACGUGUUCGGACACACGGAUGUCACCUGUCUUCUGCGUCGACCUUUACUGCGAGGCCUGAAACGUCAUUAGCGCUCCGCCUGUAAAACAUGGAUCUUCGAUUUAAUGCCUCGAAAAGGGGGUGGGCCAGCAUUUUUAACCCAUGUAACUGCUACUUAACAAAGCAGCAUACAUAUAUUGAAUUAAGCUACAAAUAUUACAUUUGUAAGUCAUUUAAAUGGUACGAGUUAUUUUUAAUGGCAGUGUACAUUAUUAACUUAGUUCCAAAUAUGGUAAAUAAUCCCCCCACAAGUAUGACAGUGGUAUCGUCUGUAUUCCGUGUUGAAAUCCUCCAAGCAGAGUCGAAAAGCAAAUUUCGAGUCGAGGACCUUUCGAGAGAAGGGGAAAGGCACAUAUUAUAGUAAAUUUUACAACAGAAAUUUAUAUCUUACACUUGUACAGUUUUAGCAAUGUCUACUCCAGCACGAAGGCGAUUGAUGAGGGAUUUUAAAAGACUUCAAGAGGACCCUCCAGCGGGUGUUAGCGGUGCUCCGUCAGAAAACAAUAUCAUGGUAUGGAAUGCAGUGAUAUUUGGGCCAGAAGGAACUCCCUUUGAAGAUGGUAAAUAUAAACAUUACUUCGAGGUCCAUAAGUUCUAGUAAUUAAGACAUGUACUUUUUAUUCAUGCUUUAAGCCUGUUUUUGUUAUAGGUACAUUCAAAUUGACUGUAGAAUUCACAGAAGAAUACCCAAACAAACCACCCACAGUCAGAUUCAUCU